GCCCCGGAAGUAGUUCUUUGGCCCUGUGACACGUAGCAACAGGGCUAGUUUAGGGUCCGAAACUGAGAUUUGUGGGGGCUUGGGACUGCUGGUGCUGGAACUACCGCCGCCGCCGCGGCUGCGCUUGGCCCUUGAUUCUGACGUGGUCCCUGCAUCUUAGGCGCCGCUUUCCAGCGCUCUGCACUUCCCUGGCAGGCCGCGGGUCUUAAUUUGCAAAGAGGGAGUCGCGCUGUGUAGCUGUCUCAAGAUCAUUUGCAAUGUCAGGCUUUGAUAAUCUCAACACGGAUUUUUACCAGACAAGUUACAGCAUCGAUGACCAAUCACAGCAGUCCUAUGAUUACGGCGGAAGUGGAGGCCCCUAUAGCAAACAGUAUGGUGGCUAUGACUACUCGCAACAAGGCCGAUUUGUCCCUCCAGACAUGGUGCAGCCACAGCAGCCAUACACUGGGCAGAUCUUCCAGCCAACUCAGGCAUACACUCCAACUACACCUCAGUCAUUCUAUGGAAACAGCUUCGAGGACGAGCCGCCUUUAUUAGAAGAGUUAGGUAUCAAUUUUGACCACAUCUGGCAAAAAACACUUACAGUGUUGCAUCCAUUAAAAGUAGCAGAUGGCAGCAUCAUGAAUGAGACUGAUUUGGCAGGACCAAUGGUUUUUUGCCUUGCCUUUGGAGCCACUUUGUUACUGGCUGGCAAAAUCCAGUUUGGCUAUGUAUAUGGGAUCAGUGCAAUUGGAUGUCUAGGAAUGUUUUGUUUAUUAAACUUAAUGAGUAUGACAGGUGUUUCAUUUGGUUGUGUGGCAAGUGUCCUUGGAUAUUGUCUUCUUCCAAUGAUCCUGCUUUCCAGCUUUGCAGUAAUAUUUUCUUUGCAAGGAAUGGUAGGAAUCAUUCUCACUGCUGGAAUUAUUGGAUGGUGUAGUUUUUCUGCUUCCAAAAUUUUUAUUUCUGCAUUAGCCAUGGAAGGACAACAGCUUCUAGUAGCAUAUCCUUGUGCUUUGUUAUAUGGAGUCUUUGCCCUAAUUUCUGUCUUUUGAACUAAAUUAUCUCGGAUAUGGACGUCAGUGGGCCAAAUACACAAAAAGGACCUUGAACUCUUAAAUCGGACCAGCAGACUGCUACAGCACCACUCUCAUGCAGAUUUGACAUUGGACCAUUGGAGCAAUGGAAGUAAACAUGUAUCGUUUGUUCAUUUUUUAGAAUUUUUGAAUACUUUAUUGGAUUUACCUGCAGCGUGACUAGCUUUAAGUGUUCAUCCUUAUACAAAUAAGAUGUGCUAUUUCUUUCUUGUUCCUGCAGACUUUAGAAAAAAGCUUUUUUUUUUUUCCUUGUAAAUUACGAUGUUUUUGAUAGAUUUUUAUAAACUGUGGGAAACUAACCACAGAGCUGGUAAUCUUUCUUAAAAACAACCCAGCCAUAGUAAAGAAGACACAAGACUUACUGCAGGAGUUUUUCAAGGAAUUAGGAAAGAAAAAUUGCCUGUAUACUCACACCAGGUAUACUUGAAGCAAAAAAAGUGAUCCCAGUGUAGGGUUUUUUUUUAUGGGUUUACAGUUCAAAAAUUUGACAUUGCUUUAAAUUAUCUCAUGAAAUUUCUGCUAAAAUUCAGAUAUGAGGUUCAUAAUCUACCUUAUUAUAGAUGUGAAUGUGAAUGCUUGCUUAGAUAUUGGUAUUAACUACAGCGUGGUGACCUGGACUGGCCCCGUAAUUGGGUUUCCACGUUCCCCAGAAGAAAGAAAAUCACUGACCUUUAUUAAGAAGACUAUUUAAAAUGUUGCAGUUGUCAGUAUUGCAGUUACCAAUGUAAGUGCAUUUGAUGCUUAUUCAUUAAAGUUUUCCCAAUUAAUUUUAACUGUGUUGUUGAGUUUACUUUUGCAAACUGCAGUUCUGUGUGUCUUUAUCUUGGGUCUGCUUUUGACUUGUAUUCCCAAUUUAACCUAAGCUUUAAGAGUAGAACUUAUCUGAUAUAAAAUCAGAAAAAAAAAAAAAAAAAGAUUCAAUGAAAAGCAGUUUGCUUUUAGUUAAAAAAAUAUUUCCUUGUACUAAAUUUAUUUGGCUUAUAUUGUCAUGCUCUCUUGCCAGAGAAUAUAUAGGAACAUACUGUGUCCUGUGUAUUGAUCGUUGACUUUUUCUGGACAAAGCUUUGUUGCAGUUAUGAGAGAUAUUCCACGGGGAGAAAAAUAUUGCCUUUUUAUAAAGACGAGACUUAAUAUUCAAUUCAAUAAAAAGAAAUGCCACCUGACCUAUAAAUGGUUCUUUAUUAAGCCUACUUUUUAAGUACAAAAAGGAGGAUGAGAUAUAUAAAACAUAUUUCUUACAAGGAAUUCAUAAUUUCUAAGCACUGGCAUCACAUAAAUAUAUUUUUCUUCAUUAAUGUUUAAUCUUCUGGAGGAACACUAAUAAUUAGGUUUUGGCUAAUUUUUCAAGCUUAAAAAAUUGCUUUAGAAUAAUAUAUUGUUAUCCUUGGAUAGUACAUUUAUCUUUUUCAAUUUUACAAAUACAGCCACAAUUCUUGUUAAGGCAAAUGUAAUGAGUGCCUCCUGUUAAUAUCCAGUUCUUCCUAAUGAACAAGGUAAAUUAUAAAUUAUGCUUUGGGAAUUAAAUUCUCCACCAUUGGUUAGGCUUGAAACUAUUAAUCUUCAGCCAAAUUCCCCAAGUGGUUCAAAUUUUAUUUGCCGUUUCCCCUUGCCCGCAACAAAUUUUAAUUUAGAUCAUAGUUGCAGAGAUUGCUGUUGGUGGUGGUUGUCUUUUAUCUCAGUUCAAAAUAAUAAAUGUGCAACUUUUUUAUUUAACUGCUUCUCUGUCAAAACAGCUGUACAGUAUAUUUGCAUUUGAUGCAAGAGUUUGGUUCUAGAGUUUGCUUAGUAAAGCGAAAGAUUCUAUAUGGUCAAAAUACUCUUAUAAAAAUUCUUGACAUCAUCCAUAAAAUACGGUACUACAUAGCUGUAUUUAUGCAUACAUUGAAGACUGAUAUACUAUGUCUCAGAUAGUUCUGCAUGGCGAUUUUUUUUCUCUAGCAUUGGAAUAGAUUUUUGUUUCUUCUGUUAAGUACCAGUUGGAGUUACUGGCUUGCUUUUAGGGCCCAUUUUAUACCAAAAACAUAUAGGUACCUUUAAACAUUAGAGACACACUCAGUAUGGUCAAAUGCUCCCCAAUGAUUGUCACUCAGUAACCGAGACUCACAGUGGGGGCCACAGACCGACACUUCAGGUCCUGUACUCAGGUUCACUCACUCACACUAGUGUACUAUCAAGGAUAUACAAUUGGUUUUACAUAUGGUGUAUAUGCAUAUUUUAUGACUUUGUUAUAGUACUGUGUAUGCUAAUGACUUCAAGAGCUAGGCUUAUGGGAAUAGACAUUCUUUCUCUAGACACAGUUAUGUAGGCAUUGCUAAGUUAUAUACUCUUUAUGUGUCCUAAAAUAUAGGCUCUUUUCUGAUACUGGCCAUACAAUAAGCGAAUUUUUGAAAUUAUUUAUAAACUUGAUUUUGGGUAAAAUUUAAGCACUGUGCUUUUCAUAUUUUGCAAGUGUGUAUUUUUUAACCUUAAUAGGUAUUGUUCAGUUCAGUUGCCUCAAAAGUUAAAAUUAUCCAAUUAGGCAUGCAGUACUUAUUAGCUACAAAAAAGGCCCGUUUCUCUUCUGAAAUUGUAUAUAUAUAUAUAUAUAUACACACACAUAUAUAUAUACGUAAAUGGCAGAAUUUAGAACUUUGGACAAAAGGGAAGCUGUAGAAACUGUAAUUUCUUCCUGUAGGUUACUCUAUGACUCAAUCAAGAAGAAUGGUGGGAAAUCAAAAUCACAUUUGGAGAUUGGCCUAUUGUCAUAUAGAGAAUAUCUUAUGUGAUAACUCAGGCCUAGCUUAUCUUGCCCUGUGGGAGAAAAAAAAAAUAUGACAAGUGUUUACCUUUUCAUAAAGUAGUGCUGAAAGUUAUCAAAAAAUAACUGCAGCUCCUUGGUACAAAUCAUAGCAGAUAGCAUGUUUACCAAAGAAAACACUGGGCCUUCCUUCAAAAUGCAGCCUGGAGCAAGUCUCUUACACAGAUCAUGCCCCAAGUUAAAUCUGUCCUCACAAACUAUCCUUGACUCAUUUUGUGAUGUCAUGCCAAAUUCUAGUAUUUUUGAAAUAACAUUUUUUUUUUUUCUCAAGCAAUUUACUUGCAUCUAAUGCCAUGAAUAAAACAUUUAGAAUCAGGCAAAAAUAGAACCUUUUCAAAGAUCGUUGUAGCAGUUAAGAGUUUUGUGUGUGUUUUAUCCUUUUUAGGGUGUGUUUAGCAUUUGAGGGAAGAAAUGGCAAUGAGAAUAUAUCAGGGUUUAUUGUAUAUGCCCUAAAGAGGAAUUAGUUCGUGUACUUUUAAUGACUAGAUAAGAGUGACCUAUCAUUAGCUGGUCAAGCAUAUAGUGUUUGCUUUCAAACAACUUAAAUAAAGCCUGUCUUCACCACUUCCUGUACAAUCUAGGCUGUUUUACUUUACACUGCCUCUGAAGAAGGAGUUGAUUUUUGAACGAACACUACUUCCGCCACCACCAGAAUUAUCGAGGUUUGAUUGCAGAACAUUACUAUUACUUGAAUUUUAGUAAAUUACUUUUUUAAUUGAUAAUUAAAUACUACUUUAAGCUAGGCAAUAUGUAAAAUAAAGAACCAUUAAAUACAUAAAAUUUUAAGUUUCUGGAGAUUAGCAGAAUACAUAUUCAGUUAAGUACCAUAUAAGUGUUUAUAUUGUUAUUAUAUAUUAAUAUUUAUUAUUAAUGAAUCUGUCAGAAUAGCUACUGUAAAACUUGAAAAAAUGAAAUAUGGAAGUACGCAAUUCUGAUUUUUGCAUCAUAGAUGGAGAUAUUUUUCCUGCCUUUGUGCACAAAGUUCCUACUCUGGCUAAUGAAGAACAUUAUCUGCUGAUGGAGCACAGUGUUCUGUGUGUGCAAACAAAUUAAAAUGAUUACGUACUCAAAUGAGGACUAAUUAAAUACAGAGCUGUUCUCCCAGUUUAAAAGCGCAAAUACUUUCUUGAGCACAUUAGGUUCUAAAGAUCGGAUAUUACAUUUUUUAUGAUCUUAACUAAUUAGACUUACCUUGCAUAUAUAAAUUUAGUUUGUUUCUGAAACGAGCACUAAAUCUGCUGAUAGCUUGCCGGGUGAUUAAUUAUGCAUUAAGCUGUUUUAAAUAACUGUUCAACACUUGUGGCACACAAAAAAGAUGAGAAAGCAAAUGUACUCAGUAGAAACAUUUAAGAUGCUUAUAAAUUAGACUUUUUUUACUUGGUUUAUUCUGAUUCUCCUAAAAAGUACAGAGAAAAAUAUGGAUUUCGUUUUUUUCACAGUUUAAAUAUAGCUUAAAAGAGCAUCUUUGUAAAAAUUUGCUUACAGUUUUCAAUCUCAUGUUCUUUGAUAAUAUUGAAGGACGAUAGAGUCUAAGCAAUCAGUGGGCUCUGAAAACCAUAUUAUGGCUUUAAUUUUCAAAAAGGGAAUACCUUUAUUUUCUGAUUACAUCAUCAUAAAAAGUAAGACAAAUCUAUAGAAAGGAAUUGACUAUUUACACAUGAUUGAACAUGGAUGAACCUCAAAAAUAUGCUAGGUAAAAAAAAAGCUAGAUACAAAAGACCACGUAUCAUAUGAUUCCAUUUAUAUGAAACUUCUAGAAAAGGCAAAUCUAUGUAGACGGUAGAUUAGUGGUUGCCUGGAGGUGGGAGUGGAGGUUGACUGCAAAUGAAGAAGAGGGAACUUUUUUAAAUGAAAAUAUUCUAAAACUAAGUUGUCAUGAUGGUGGCACAGCUGUAUGUAUUUGGUGAAAUCAUUAAACUGUACACUUAAGGUGGGUGAAAUUUAUGAUAUGUAAAUUAUGUCAAUAAAACUUAAAAAGAUGGGGGAAAAGGAGUAGAACAACUGCUAGAGCCUCUAUAUUAUGAGUUCAAGUAGUUAUUUUAGAGUAGAUUUUAGUAGAAGAUAAAGCAAUAUAGUACUUUUGCCCAAAAAAAAAAAUAUAUAUAAAAAUACCAAGAAAACGUACUGUUGCCUCCCUGAUUCACUCCCCACAUAACUCCAUACUGAUGAAUGUGCAUUUCCUCAGAUCACUGGUACAGGUACCCUGUUCCCGUUCCUGCCUCUCUCAGUGCUGAUGUGCACAUGUGAGUUACACACAUGCACUCACUUCCUUUUUAAUUUAAUUUUUUCAUUGAGAUAAAAUUUCCAUAGCAUAAAAUUCACCAUUUUAACCGAAGUGCAAUACAGUGGAUUUUUUUUUUUUUGUAUAUGCCCAGUGUUGUACAAUCAUCCCCACUAUCCAAUUACAGAAUAUUUCCAUCACCCUCAAAAAAACCCUUAAUUUCCAAUUCCUCUGUCCCCUGGAGACCGCUAAUCUACCUACUGUCUAUGGAUUUGCUUAUAUUGGAUAUUUCAUAUAAAUGAAAGCCUUUAUAGCUGGCUUCUUUGAUUAUGCAUAAUGUUUUCAAGACCACUUUUUAACUUAGCCAUCUAUUAGUGAGCAUCAUAUAUAUCGAGCAUUGAGAUUUACUUCAUCCUUUUUAACGACUAAAAAAAAAAAAAAACCCAUUGCUGUAGAGUCGAUUCCGACUCAUAGUGACCCUAUAGACAGAGUAGAACUGCCUCAUAGAGUAUCCAAGGAGCAGCUGGUGGAUUCGAAUUUCUGGCCUUUCGGUUAGAAGCGGAGCUCCUAGCCACGAUGCCGCCAGGACUCCUUGUAAUGACUGGGUAUUAUAUAAGCAAAGUUUAACCAGUUCCCUAUUGUCAAACAAUUGGGGUAUUUUUUUUUUUUUUUCCAUUUUAUUAAUGAACAGUGGUGCAUUCAUAUUAGCAUCUUUCAUUACUAGAGUCAUUUAAUAGUGCUUGGGUUGAUCAUUUUUUAAACAACUGAUAUUCUGAAAAUUUCGAUAAUUUUAUCUUCCUAAUACUCUUUAGUGCAAGCAUAACUUUCUGUGAUUUCUUGAAAGAUUAAUCAUCUCUGCAGGGCAUUGCCAUUUAUUUCUCAAUUAUCUUAACAUUCUAUGCUUUUCCUAAUUGGUAGAAUAUGAGUGCAUCUAAAAUUAUUCCCACUUUAGAAAGGGAGACUUACUAAAAGCGAGCCACCUUUUUUCUUGCUCAUUUAGAAAACUCAUUUUAACAGUGUCAUUUUUAGGUCACUGCCUUUACAUAGACUUUUUUAAAAAUUGUGACAUGUCCAUUUUUAAUUUCGUGGGUCUAUGAUAUGCCCAUUGAGUUUAGUCGUUUCAGGUCAUCCUUAGGUUUAACUGAGUUGUGCCUGAGUUGUGCCUCAAUUGUAUCAAUUCUCAUUGCUAGAGAUGAGAUCAAAUGUAUAACAUGAUCUGACAUGUUAUACUCAAAAUAGGCCCUGUUACUCAGGUUAUUUCCUAUUUAAAUCCCCAAGAGUAAAAUUUUACCAGAGUAGCAGUUAAAAUAGAGUCUAAAAUCAACACUUCAAAUUCAGACAUCUACAGUGAUUUAAAAUGCUGUUUUUUCUGCAUUGUUUGGAGGGGGCUGUUUUGAAAGCAUUUGUUUUGCUAUUCUUUUUUUAAUGUUCUUAUGCCUUUGCUUUUUAAUGUAUUUUAUAGAAAACACUAUUUUUGUACUGUUUAAAUGUAAAAAACCCCAGUAACUGUAGUCCAUUUUAAUCACACUUGAGUAAUUAUUGAACAACAUCUGUUGGCUUAAAUGCCUACUCAGGCCAUUCAGUACUCCUGGCAUUUUUGGGUCUGUCACAGGUCACAUUUAAUCCAGACUCAAUUCUUACCUUCUCUCUAGGUUCUGUUUGUUUGGACUUUCAUCUAGGUCAAAAUCUUCCUGAUGAGGUAACUUGGUUUUGACUUUUUCUGGUAAAGAUUUAAUCAUUUCUAUGGUUUGAAUAAAAGAUGAAACUGUAUUUCUAAUGAGGUGAAUGGGGUUUAGACAUUGCUACAUUUGAUCAUCUACUUUGAACCAAUGUUAGAAUUUAAUACUUGCAUCAGAGUUACACCGAUUUUCUGUUUUUAUUCUUAGCACAAAAAUAAAAGACCUCCUUAAGACACCUUGUGAACAAAUCUGUCUUAAGGAGGACUCAGCUAGAGACAGAAUGGGAGCUGAGUUGAGAGUAUGAAAGUCAAGACUGGACUGAAGGUGAUAACAAGGAAUCGGAGGCCUUGAUGGGAUCAGCAGAGGAAAGAUUGGGAGAGAAGGAGCAGUGAUAGGGAAUUUGUUUUAAUAUUUGUACUAUGUCUUCGAUAUGAAGUUUUCAAUGUAUCAAAAUAGAGCCUAUUUACAUGGCGUUAAAACAUUAAGUACUAAAAAGAAAGUCAAACAGCAGAAAGGUGUGUUAAUACUUUAAAUUUUCAAAGAAACUCAAUUCUAAAGCAACUUUUAAAUAUCCAUAAUAAAACCCAAACAAAAAACCUGUUGCCGUUGAGUCAGUUCCAACUCAUAGCCACCCUAUAGGACAGAGUAGAACUGCUCCAUAGGGUUUCCAAGGAGCAGCUGGUAGAUUCGAACUGCUGACCUUUUGGUUAGUAGCCAUAGCUCUUACCUACUGUGCCACCAGGGCUCGAAAUACCCGUAUAACAGAAGCUAAUUCUUGCUGAUACUAACAUGGUUGCAAAAUUUCUCAGGAAUCCAUUCCAGCCCUGAUCUGGGAAAUUUUUUUAUCCACUAAUUUAAAUCUCUCACACUGCAAUUAGAGUUUAGGUCUCCUUAUUAUCUCUUUAUUGGAGAUAGGGUUGGCUCACCAUCCUCUAAGACUAGGGCCGGAACCUAUAGUCGCUGGACCUGAUUUGGAUGACAGUAUCCACUGCCAUCAUAAUGGGCUUCAUUUAAUCUACCCCCCAGGCUGAGAGUCCUAUGGCUGCUGGUACUGCUCCAAAAAUAAUUUCUUCCACAUUGGCAAUUACGAUAUUCUGACUCAGAGCAGAGCCUACGAAUUGGAAUAGUUAAAGAACUAUAAAAAGUAGGCAGUUAAGCAGCAUUUUAAAGAGGAACGCUACAGCUAAUGCCCAGGUCUGGCUUCCCUUCCUGCCUUUCUGCCUGUUAUCCUCUCUGUGUCUCACCUUUGUCCUCUGUGUAUGUCUCUUCCUCUCCUUUAAACAUUAAUUGACUCUAAUAAAUUAGAUAUAUUUAUAGCACUUGCACAUAUCAAAUAAGGUUUUAUGUUACCUAUUGUCAGUUCUUUAACAAAAAAUUAAAGAAUAUUUCGUCUGUAAGUAAAAACCCGGUGCUGUCGAUAUCUUGUUGCAAAGGGAAGGGAGAGGAAUAAGGCCCUUGUUUGAGACUUUCCUGGCUUCUGCCACGCUUGGGUACAGUUCCAAGUCAUUAAGUGCCUACGGUGAACAAAGUCCUGUUUGUGGUUUCCUCCUUACAAGCUGCAUAUUUUCAGCUUUAAUGCUUUUUCUCAUGACUUUUAUAUUUUAUGGUUGCCUUUUUUUUUGGACUACUGUGCCCUAUAGGGUCGCUGUGAGUCAGAAUCCACUAGACAGCACACAACAGCAACAACAGCAAGGUACCAGGGACUUUCAUCUCUGUUAACACUGGCCUCCUGGGGUGUAGCAACACUGUUCUCAAAAAAGUCCAGUAGCUAUUUCCUUAGUUCAAUAACCAAAAUGUCUUUGACAAAAUGAAAGCUGUUCUGUUAUUGAGGAAAGCAAUUCUGUCCUUUUCAGCAACAUGGGAAAUGCAGGAAAAACCAUGACGACUCUCAAAAAGCAAUGCUUAUAAAGGGAAAUGAGGGUUUUUUGUUUAUAAAUUUAGUUUUUGUAUUUAUUAUAAUAUUUUUAUAAGAUAUGCAAAAAUGAUAAAAAGCAUAAUAAAUACUCAUUUACCCCACAUCUAGAUUAAAAUAUAAAAACAUUUUAUAUUGAAACACCCUAUGUAUACUUCUCUAACUGCAUCCCCCCAUCUUCCCAGCAGUUUUCUGAAUUUGGGUUUUAUCAUUCCCAACAUUCCUUUAUAUUUGUACUAUGUAUGUGUCUCUCCUUAAACAGUAUAGUACUGUGUAGCAUAUAUUUGACUUUUAUAUAAAUCAUACUGUAUUGUUCUUCAACAACUUGCUUUUAUUUGCUCAUUCAGUUUGUGAGAUACAGUUACAUGAAUACACAGUAAAACUAGUUUACUACUGGUUUCUAGUAUUUCAUAAAUACACCACAAUGUAUCUAUCCAUUUUCCUGAUGGUGGACAUUGUCUCCAGUUGCUUGCUUUUACAAACAGUGGUCUGUGAACAGUCCAGUGCAGGCCUUCUUGUGAAAAUGUGUGCAAGUAUUUCCCAGGGACACAUAUAGAGAGAGUUAAAGUGCUGUAUCUUUGCAUUCACAGUUUGUG